CGCGGUCGAAGGAGUCAGUGAAGGUGUUUUCUCUUCGCUCUCGUAUCUUCAAACCUUCUUCAUGAUCGUAGAUUCACAUCGUUAAUUCUCCGACGAUAUUUUCCAACGAGAAGAACGUGUUGAGCUAUCGGGAAGAACGACGAUCUCCAUCGGAUCGAGUUGCUCGAGGUUCGAAAGAAAUUGAGAAACACUCAAUCAAUUUCGUCGACAGUCGAUCAAGUCGAUAAAAUAAUUUAUUAAAGACGCGUUUUUUUUCUUACCAUUAAAAAUAUCUUAAUUCCUGACUUCGAAGAAGGUCUAUGAAGUGCAGUUUCUUCGUUUCGUUCAAAUAUCCCCAAUUGUACACCCAGUUGAAAAGAUCGGUCGAGCAGUAAACUCGUCUCCGUGAAGCAACAAGUUUCCCAGGGAAAGUUCGUCUUCAGCAAAAAUCAAUUUCAACUAGACGAGUGCAUUCGUUGCACCAACUGUAACCUACUGCACGCGCAAGCUGGAUUGAAUAAGGGCCGUAGGGACUGCAGGUAGUCAUACAAAAGGGUCCAGCUACAACGUUGUCAAGUCUCACGAGAAACUCUACGAGUGUAGGCCCUAAAAGCAACAGCGCUCGUUAACACGUAAGGGGGCGAUGCGAUAAUAGGGCACCGAAAGUGUAUAUACGAUAGCCUGCAACGACACAAGCUGGAAACGCUUCCAGACAAUGAUGAUGCACUAACAGGAAACUUCUGACUUGUUUUCAAUAGCCGUUAUUCGCAUAGAAGAAAAGCAAGAUAAAGGGUUUAAGAGAAACUACGAUUGCUCAAGAACAAUGAUACCGAGAUUGUGAAUACGACUGAAUAAUCCGUAAUAAAUAAUGAGGUCUCUGAAUCGUUGCAUGAUUGAUCGAGUUACGGAAACUUCCGUUUGAAAUAAAUCGCGAAACGCGUUCGUAUUUUUGCGGGACAUUCGAUUCUGAUCGAACAGCGUAUCGUUUUAGAGAUUUUUCUUCUUUGACGUUGUUACGAAACCCGUAGAAAAUGUCGCUCACCUCGACAGAAGAUUGGAAUGAAACCUUGUCGACGAUGGUAUUAAACUCGACCAUGAUGGUACCUAAUGUUACCGUAAAUUCAACGAAGAGACACGUGACUUUCGCUACUCAGGUGGUGCUCACCCUUGUAUACAUGACCGGUGUGAUCGGCAAUAUAUCCGCUCUAGUCAUUUUGUUUCACCGUGAUAAGAGGAGAAAUCGGAAACACUUGCUGAUGCUUCGUUGCCUGGCGAUCAACGAUUUGGUUGCUUUGUUAGGGAUGUUGGUUCAGAUGUAUAUCACGAUUUAUGUUGGCAGCGUGAUGUCUACGAGAGGAUUUUGCUCCCUUCGCGUGGUGUGGAGGCUAUUUGGCUUAUUCAGUGGUUGUGUCGCCAUUGUGAUGGCUGCGGAAAGGUGGCUAGCCUUGACCAGACCCUUCGUUUAUCAGAAACAGGUGACGUAUCCGGUAAUAGUACGUUGCAUGCUGGUGCUUUGGCUGGUAGCUUUGGCACUGACAAGCUUUCCAGUUUUGGGUUUUGGUGUAUAUUACAAAGGUGAAAAAUGCGUACGAUACAGAGAGGCCACCGAACCAGCCGACAUAGCUUACGCCUACGUUUGGUUCGUUUUCGGUACCAUUCUCUGUCUGUCGAUAGUCUGGUGCAAUUUGGCCGUUUCCAGAGCACUUAGCAGACUGAGUCGCAAAGCUGGUGCUUUACGACGCGUAACGAGAUCCUCCUCAAGAGCGAAACCACUUCUGACGGUGGCAGGACCACCGACGGAAGUCGUCACCACCGCUGAAGAAAGAGCGUUCGCGAGAUUGAUGGCCGUCCUAUCAAUAUCGUUCGUCAUUUGUUGGAUGCCACAAAUGAUUUCCAUUCCACUGGCUCAGUUCUCGAUGCAGUUACCUCAGAAGGCGAUGUUGGCGCGAAAAUUAAUUCGUAUGUUCCACGUGGCAGCCGACAUCCUUCUUUGCAUUCAUUUCACCCUGGACCCGUACAUCUACGUAUUACUAAGAAUGUCACGACCAAGAUUUCGGAUUCUGAAACCUUUCUGCAAGAUCUGCUGGCCAGCCAGAAGCCGAUCGAAUUCGUUCAACGGUACUACAGACCAUCAGGGCAGCAGUGGUGAUCCGUCGACUCCGAUCACCGAGGCACCCUCCACACCUGUUAGCGAGGAGCGUGAUCCUCAAUUAGUGGCGGUGUCUGUUUGAGACAGGCUUCAGCGAACGAUCUUCCUAAAACGGCUCAACAGCCAAGACACUGGCCAAAAUUGAGCCGUCCAUAUUUUAAGAACCAUGGAAGAUCUUCGCUGCUACACGAUGCGCUGCGAAACAAUUUGAUCGAACGACGACACUCGAAUGUGUUAAUUAGCACGAUCAUCGUGUGAAAUUUCGAAGAAUCGAACGAUCGUUACCGUGUUUCAGGCUCGAAGCUUGAACCCGAUGAGCAGAGAUUGAUACCUCGCUGAUUUUCGUGUACAAUUUGUACGAGGAUGUUCAAAUCUUUUCUUUCUAAUAUCUUAUUCUCCUUUCGUAUAUCUUAACUAAUCAGAUAUUAUUAUUCUAACAAGGUCUUUCAAAGAUUAAUUGAAACUCUAAUUAGACUACACGAAAAUGUUACAGAGAUUGAGGUUUUUAUAGAAAUGUAGAGAGGAGAGGAGCAAUCAGCAUUCCAAAUGAUUAUUCUCGCACCUGGUGCGUGUAUAUUGUUUUUGUUAACUUGUAUAACUUCCAAAGAAUGUUAAAAAUUAAUGUGUUUGUUAAAAUACGGAGAACUCUACUCGUUUGCGAUCCGCAAGUGAGGGUGAGUAUUGAUCCUUCGCUGGAUUCUCAAAUUGAAAAAAUGAAAAAAAAAAAAGGAUAUUCGUAUUGUUGUAAUCAAAAAUGGCCUAAUGUUUAUCGAUAAUUGCGUGUGUACACUGUAUCGCAAGUUUCGACACACACUUCUGUCACCGUUGCGUAAAUGUAUGUCUAGUCAAUAAAUUAAUGCAAGCGUGCAACAGUUAUAAACGAUCAAUGCACAAUUACCAAAGUAUUCGAUGCUUAAAGCGUGUUUCGAACGUACAAUUGUACUUUCUCGAAUAGAAUUUAAGAAAGAGACGCGUGCAUCUAUUUUUUUUUGUUCUCUCUUGAAAAUAUACAAUUAUGGUAACAUCUAUAUAUAUGUACAGAUAGAGUUAUCAAACAAUUGCAUACUUAACAACGAUUGUUCUAAGUUACUUUACGACCGGUGUAAUUCAUAGUCAUACAUUAUUUACCGUAUAUUGUAUCGAUGUAAUGAUACUAAUAAAUUGUAAUCAGUUUUCUUAAGCAAA